CAGAUCCCAGAGAGCACCGCGCAGCGCCGCGCCCUGCGUAAAUGCACUCGCCGCGCGAGGUGUCAUGGGAAGUGUAGUCCCAGCACUGAAUGGUUGAGUGGGAGCCGCGUGGCAUUGAGGGAAAUGUAGUCUGCGGCCAGCACCACCCCCAGCCUCUCUCGGUCUGUCCUGAGCACACCGUCCAGGUGUGUGUAUUCCCGUCGAUCCCGCCCUUUAUUCCUCGUUCCAAGUAAGAUAUGAGAGGAGUAUUGCCCUUUGAUCACAUAAAUGUGUUUUUUUGUGGAAAAAAGCCUUUCGUGAAAAGAUCAGCUAAGAUGGGAGCAGAAAAAACUUCAGGCUGACCCAAACUGAGUGUUUUCUUAACAUCAUGGGAGAGAUUAAAGUCUCUCCUGACUAUAACUGGUUCAGAAGCACAGUUCCUCUUAAAAAGAUAAUAGUAGACGAUGACGACAGUAAAGUCUGGUCCCUGUAUGAUGCAGGACCAAGGAACAUUCGCUGCCCACUCAUUUUUCUCCCUCCUGUGAGUGGAACUGCAGAUGUGUUUUUCCAGCAAAUUCUGGCACUGACUGGAUGGGGCUACAGAGUUAUUGCUUUGCAGUAUCCAGUGUACUGGGAUCACCUCGAGUUCUGUGAUGGAUUCAGGAAACUCUUAGACCACCUUCAGCUGGACAAAGUUCACCUUUUUGGAGCUUCUCUGGGAGGAUUUCUGGCUCAAAAAUUUGCUGAAUACACACACAAAUCUCCCAGAGUCCAGUCUCUGAUAUUGUGUAAUGCCUUUAGUGACACUUCUAUUUUCAAUCAGACAUGGACAGCAAACAGCUUUUGGCUGAUGCCUGCUUUUAUGCUGAAAAAAAUUGUCCUUGGGAAUUUUGCAUCUGGUCCUCUGGAUCCUGAAAUGGCCGAUGGGAUUGAUUUCAUGGUGGACAGGCUGGAGAGCCUGGGGCAGAGCGAGCUGGCCUCAAGACUCACCCUCAACUGCCAGAAUUCCUAUGUAGAACCUCACAAAAUCCGAGACAUCCCUGUAACCAUUAUGGAUGUGUUCGACCAAAGCGCGCUUUCGACGGAAGCAAAAGAAGAAAUGUAUAAGCUUUACCCUAAUGCCAGGAGAGCUCACCUCAAAACAGGAGGCAACUUCCCCUACCUCUGCAGGAGUGCUGAGGUCAACCUGUACAUUCAAAUCCACUUGCUGCAGUUCCACGGUACCCGGUACGCAGCCAUCGAUCCCUCCAUGGUCAGUGCAGACGAGCUGGAAGUCCAAAAGAUCAGCCUUCACACCAGCACCGAGCAAGAAGAGCAGUAGGCUUGGGAAUGCCAGUGAAACAGAAGCAUUGGUUUGGUGGUCUUCCUGUGUACAAUCAACUGCUCCCACUCUGCCUUUUCCCCUGUGUUAGCCGAUUAUCACUGUGUGAUUCCAACAGGAUCAACAGUCACUGAACUACCCGUGGACAGCAACCUCCAGCAGUGUAAUGGGAUAGAUCUGCUUCAUUUUUAGUCUCUGGAUUCAAGGAAGCAUCUUUGAAGACCACACUUUUAAAAAUAAAGACAUUUUUUCUACCAAAAUCUUCACUAUAUCAUGUUCUUAAGCAGAACGGUAUUUCUUUUUAUAUUUUUCACUUGGCUGUAUAUAUUACCACAUGCAGAUUCUGUACUUAUAAGCUGACAUAUUUUUGUUGAAUAUUUCAUUUAAAAGAUGUCUCAGUGUCAAUGUUGCCCUCACUUAUUUGCUUCAUAUAUUGUGUUGUAAGUUAGUUUGUUUCUAUUUGAAAUAAAGCAUUUGAAUUUUUAACUUUCUUGCUGCUUAAAAAUGGUUUUCAAUAAAACUUUACUUUCA